AUGACCCUUACUGAAUACGCAAAUUUUGGCGUCCGUUAUGGGAAUGCUUAUGCAAGCCUUUUACUUCGAGACGUUAGUACUGGAUCAGCAAUGCCCUCGCGUGCUGAGCAAAAGAAAGUUGGUGCAGUUGGUUUAGAUCUGCGCACUGCCUCAAAAGACUCUGUUGAUGAUUCCCUCGGACGAGCCGACCAGCAGUGGCCCAUUGGUAGGGUGGCUACUCUUCGUUUGGUGUCGGUGCGCCGUGCAGCUGCCGCGCUGCAGAAGAGUUUGAAUCCACGUUAUCCAUCUAACUCUGAGCGCUUUUACUUGCUAAAUCUGCAUUGCCCAUCGGUCCUUCCGUAUCGAUUCCACGAGGGAGGUUCAUUGAGAUAA